ACCACUUUUAUGGCUCAAUACGUUGAGUUGCACAACCAAGUCGAGACCAGCGUUCGGCUUCUCAACUCCCUCGAAACAUUCCUUUCCACGUUCCAAAAAGACCUUUCCGCUGUUUCUGGCCAAAUAUCCGACCUCCAAGAUCGUAGCAAGGACAUUGAGAGCAGGCUCAAGUCUCGCAGACGAAUCGAGAAACCACUCUCUAACCUCAUCACCGACAUCACAGUCCCUCCUCAUCUGGCAACCCGUAUCCUCGACUCUGACGUUGACGAGUCAUGGAUCCUCUCCAUAGAAGAGUUUGAGCGGAGGCUGGUGAUAUCCAAAGGUCGGUCGCGCGUCAAGGCUGCUCGAGAUUUGGGAGAAGUCAUGGAGGGUCUGCGAAUAGUGGCUGCUACGAAAAUUCGGGCCUUCUUCAUUGCACUCUUCCAGCCCAUCCGAACCAAUGUCACCACCAACAUGCAAGUCAUGCAGACUUCCGUGCUUCUCAAGUAUCGGCCAUUAUUCUCUUUCUUGCACAGACAAGCCCCAAAUGUGGCCCAUGAACUUCAGCGAUCAUAUAUUGCUGCUGCGCGUGUCUACUACGAAACUGGAUUUCGAAGGUAUGCGCGGAGUCUGACUUGGAUCAAGAGCCGUACGGUGGAGAAAUUUGAGCCAAUUGUCUCUUCUGAGCGUGAACGGGAUGUUGUUGUGGACUCGAACCGACUGGAACACGCCAAGAUUGAGGGUCCCAGUGUCACUCUCGCAUAUAUGGCUGACGACAAAACACACAAAUCCCCCAUUGAAGCCUUAGCUCGCUCGCUACUCUUGGUCUUCAUGGACAAUGCGACAGCAGAAUAUGCAUUCGUUGGAGCCUUUUUUGCCUCUGAGACCCUGCGAGAUGCAGCUCAAGACCUCGAUGUGGAUUUGGACAACGCACUAUUGUCACCUUCUCUGCUUUCUCCUGACCCUCGAGUAGAGAGGCGCAUGUCCAUUGCGGGGUCUGACCGUGGCGCCCGGCAUCGUCAGCGUGCUGCAAGUGUUAUUAGUGCCGGUGCGAGCGGCACACAAUUGCAGGCGCUGGCUACCGCAGUCAAAGAGGAUCAGGCCAGCACUGAUGCGAUCUGGAAACAGAUUAUGGACCCCGUUCUCGAGUAUACUCAGACCUUCUUCAAUUCCGUUUUGGACCCACCUCCGCCAGUGGUACCGCUUUUGACCAUCAUCCGCUUGACCGAAUCUGUCAUGACCGAAGUCCAAAAGCGUGCAUGUCCUCCGGUUGAAUCUUUUGUGUUCACGCUUCGUUUGAAGAUGUGGCCGGUCUUCCAGAAGGCCAUGACAGAGAAUAUCGAAACGCUUAAAAAAAGCCGCCGAAGGAGGGUUUAUCGUGUCUUCUACAAGUGGGACGACCGGAGGAUGGUUGGGCGGAAUAGUUUGGCGAACAUCUAUAAGCGCUACAUCGCCAUGUUCAAUUCCUUCGUGAUUCUCACAGCGCAAGCUGAGGAGACCAUGAUCUUCGCAAACUUACUGCGUAUGCAGCAAGAGCUGGCCAAACUUAUAACACGGCACACAGAUCAAGCUGGUGAUCCCAUUGCGAAGGCGACCGCUCAGUCGACCAUCUACGAAUCAUUGCUGCAUGGUCUAAGUCAGGAUACUCCUUCAAGUGCUCAUCCGAAAGCUCAACAAGAGAUUGCUUACUGGUCAAAACUUCAAGAAGAUGCGCGACGGAAAAUUGUCGCGAGGAAUCAGCUCAAAAGCAGACGAUAG